AUGCCAACUACAGCAAGGAAGCCCGUGAUUGUUAUUGGCUCUGGCCUUGCGGGACUGUCCGCUGCUCAUGAAGCGCUUCGGGCGGGUGCUACUGUCCGUCUGCUUGACCGCGCGCCUAAACCGGGUGGGAAUAGUAUCAAGGCAUCCUCAGGUAUCAACGGUGCAGGUACAAGGUUUCAGCGAGACCUUAAUAUUCCCAUCGACGACAGUUUCUACGCAGAUACAGUGCGUUCUGCUGGGAGCAGAUUUACCGAGAACAACAUUCCGGGCAUAGAUCGUAAGGCUUUAGUCGAAAUACUAACUAGCCAGUCCGAGAGUGCAGUGAACUGGCUUGCGGACGAAUUAGAGGUUGAUUUAAGUGUCGUGGCACAGCUUGGGGGUCACUCAGUCCCGAGAACUCACCGUGGCGGUGGAGAACUACCCCCGGGUGCAGCCAUCGUUUUCGCGCUAUUGAACAAGUUGAAGGCCAACCCCGACUUCACAUUAGAGAACUCUGCAGAAGUGGACGAAUUGCUCACUGAAGAUGGCGGCGCCGUUAAAGGAGUGGGCUAUCAUACGCCUGACGGCCAGAAACACAAGCUUGAAGGCCCAGUCGUCUUCGCAGCGGGUGGGUUUGCCGGUGAUGCACGCGGCCUGUUAGCUAAAUAUCGUCCCGACUUAGCUGGCAUGCCGUCCACAAACGAGGAACGACCCGCCUCGCACGGCUUGCUCACGGCAAUCGGAGCAGCACUUGUGGACAUGGAAAGCGUACAGAUUCACCCAACAGGCUUCGUUUUCCCAAAGGGCGCCGGUAUUUCGUACGGUGUCAUCCCUCCUAAGAAUGAUGGUCCUUCUCAUAAGCCCUCAAAUUCUAAACCCACUAGUACAUCACAACUAUUCUUAGCCGCCGAAGCCCUUCGAGGUGAAGGCGGUAUUCUACUUUCUAGUAAUGGGGAACGGUUCGUUAACGAGCUAAAUACCCGUGAUGUCGUUAGCAGCGCAAUCAUGGCUCUUCCGCAAUCGACGGAUAAAUCGAUGAGACACUGGGAAGUAAUUCUCCUUCUAGAUCCAGGUGCAUGCGAGGCUGCAGCAUCUCACAUUAAGUUUUACCUGUGGAAGGGCCUAGUACAGAAAAUCAAAGUCAAAGACCUCGCUCCGGAAAUUAUCACAUCGAUAGAUAAGUACGCAACCAUGGUCUCAAAACAUGAAGAAGAUCCGUUCGGAAGGAAGUCGUUUGGACAUUGGAAAUUGCCUCCUGGUGAAGCUAAUCGCGAGGAGGAGGUAUGUGUCGGGACAGUGACACCUGUGGUUCACUUCACGAUGGGUGGAGUGGCGUUUGAUACGAAAGCCAGAGUUCUUCGGUUGACAGAUGAAGGUAACUCGGUGCCAAUACCGGGGAUCUGGGCCGCGGGCGAGAUUACUGGAGGCAUACAUGGAGCUAAUAGGCUUGGUGGCUCAUCACUGCUCGAGUGUGCCGUAUUUGGCAGGAUUGCAGGGACUGAAGCUGCGCGGAGUUUAACAGUGACUUAA